GCCGCGGCGACCCCGAAGUGGGAGGGGAGAAGAAGUCGGCGAGGGCCGGGGACGGGAAGAGGGCGGAGAGCGGAGGCCCCGGAGCGCCUCUCUGGCCCCCCUAGCGCACGCGCUUCUCGACUGCUCCGGGCCGGCGUGGUAUUGUGGGAUCGCGGCGCCCGGGCCUGAGACGCUCGCCGCCGCCGGGCCGUCCACUCGAGAGAGCGAUCGAGCGCCUCCUGUCGUCCGCACGGCGGCCCUGCCGGCCCUUGGCUCCCCCCGAACUCCUCCCGCCGCCGCCGCUCCCCCCCCAUCCCCUCCUCCUCCAUCCUCCAGUUCAAAAUGGCGACGGCGGCGGCGGCGGCGGCGGCGGCGAUGGCUCCUCCGGGCUGCCCGGGUUCGUGCCCCAACUUCGCCGUCGUCUGCUCCUUCCUGGAACGCUACGGGCCGCUGCUGGACCUGCCCGAGCUGCCCUUCCCCGAGCUAGAGCGGGUGCUGCAGGCGCCACCGCCGGACAUCGGCCACGGAGAAGUACCAAAAGAAUUGGUGGAGCUCCAUUUGAAGUUGAUGAGGAAGAUUGGCAAAUCCGUUACAGCAGACAGAUGGGAAAAAUACUUGAUCAAGAUAUGCCAAGAGUUUAACAGUGCCUGGGCGUGGGAGAUGGAGAAGAAAGGCUAUCUUGAGAUGAGCGUGGAGUGCAAACUAGCACUCUUAAAGUAUCUCUGCGAGUGUCAGUUUGACGACAAUCUUAAAUUCAAGAACAUAAUUAAUGAGGAGGAUGCUGAAACUAUGCGUCUCCAGCCAAUUGGGCGGGAUAAAGAUGGCCUCAUGUACUGGUACCAGUUGGAUCAAGACCACAAUGUCAGAAUGUACAUAGAAGAACAAGAUGAUCAAGACGGCUCUUCUUGGAAAUGCAUUGUCAGAAAUCGAAACGAGUUGGCUGAGACUCUUGCACUCCUGAAAGCACAAAUUGAUCCUGUACUAUUGAAAACCUCUAGCCAACAGGAAGACUCUUCCCGGGAAAGUCCCACUCUAGAGGAUGAGGAGACUAAAAAAGAGGAAGAAACACCUAAACAAGAGGAAUCGAAGGAAAAUGGAAAGACGAAAGGUGAUGGGCAGCCAGGAGAUCCCAUCAAGCGCUCUGUGGCCAAUGUUCUAGAAGAGACAGCUGUGAAGACGGAAAAGGAGGACGGAAAGGAGCUCGCAAAACUGCCUGUCAUUGUAAAGCACGAAAAACCUCUGCCAGAAAUAGAGGGGAAAAAGAUCAUCAGGGAGGAAAGCGAUUCCUUCAAGGAAAAUGUCAAACCCAUUAAGGUAGAAGCAAAGGAAUGCAGAGUGGACUCCAGGGAUCUCAAGGGCAGCUCGGAGAGACUGGGCACACAGGAGCCCGAGCGAGUAGACUUUGGUGGCAGCAUCCGAUCUUCUCAGGACGUCCCAGAGAAAUCUUCUGAGGAAACAGAGAAGCUUAGAAAUGACCAGCAAGCCAAGAUACCACUCAAAAAACGUGAAAUUAAGUUGAGUGAUGGUUUUGACAGACCUCUGUGUAAGUCAGCUACUCCAACAAAAGAAGUUUUGAAAGAUGAAAUAAAGCAAGAGGAAGAGACUUGUAAACGGCUCUCCGCCACCAGUGCUCUGAGUCACGAAGGGAAACAGCUAGUGAAUGGGGAAAUUAGCGAUGACAAGCUAACUCCAACUCUUAAGUCAGAACAGAUGGAGAUGCAGCUUUGUGAGACAAAGGAAGAUGGUUCUAGCAUCCCCUCUAAGGACGGAAAUGGUGCUGAGAGCUUCAAUUCUGUCCCAGCAAGCUCCAAGAUAAGUGAGCUUGAGAAAGAAGUCCCUUCAGGAAAUGGUGUAGAUAGCUCUGUAUCUACCGUAGAGAGCCUCAGUCAGAAAGGAAGGUCAGAGGAGUCUGAGCCUCCGAAUGUGGAAAUGCCUCUUGAGCCUUUAGAGACAGCGACCGAUCUCUCUUUAAAACCCGCGCCAUCUGCCACUGAAUCCUGCACGGCAAAAGUCGAAGAGAAGGCCCCCAAAAGUAAGAAUGAGAACCACACUCCAGGCAUAGAAUGCCUGGAAAAGGUGGAGAAGGCCAAAAAGACUGUUUCUGAUAAAGAAAGGCUGAGUCCAAUACCCGAAGAGGCUGUGAGGAGUCCUCGAGAAUCAGAAAAGCCAGGUCCUUGUGACGUGGCUGAAACUUCCCUCCCACCCGAGAUGACUGGCCCCAAGGAGAAACUGGCCUCAGAAAAAAAAGAAUGUCUAGAGAGAGGGUCAAGUGAAGGUCAAUCCCUUGACAAUUCAAGCCCAGAAAUUCUAAAAGAGGAUUCUGAGUCCAGAAAGGUAGAAGCGGCUAAUCUGGACAACGUCCAGGCCUCUGGUGUGGAGGGUACUUCUGAGACCAGGAAGGUAGAAGCGGCUAGUCUGGAUAAUGUCCAGGCUUCUGAGACAAAGGGCUCUGCGCAAAAGAACAAAUUCAAAUAUAAGUUAGUUCCUGAAGGAGACAGCACUGCUUCAGAAAACACAGAGAUCACCUCUGAAAGGCAGAAGGAAGGCAUCAAGUUGACAAUUCGGAUAUCUAGUCGGAAGAAGAAGCCAGAUUGUCCCCCACAAAUUGUAGACUCUGAAAACAAGGAAGAGAAGGUGGGGAAGGAAGAAGAGAAAACAAGCAUGGGGCGUACUUUAAGAAGGUCUCCAAGAAUAUCUAGACCCACAGCGAAAGUAGCUGAGAUCAGAGAUCAGAAAGCCGAUAAGAAGAAAGGGGAAGGAGAAGAUGGAGAAGAAGAAGCAGCUUUGCAGAGAACAGACAAGAAGGAUCACUUGAAAAAAGCCGAGAAGGAUACAAGUUCUAAAGUGAGCAAGGUAAAACCCAAAGGCCGAGUCCGCUGGACCGGUUCCCGGUCGCGUGGCAGGUGGAGAUACUCCAGCAAUGACGACAGCGACGGCUCUGACAGUGAGAAGUCCUCUGCGGCCUCGGAGGAGGAGGGAAAGGAGAGUGAGGAAGCCGUCCUUCCAGAGGAUGAUGAGCCCUGCAAGAAAUGCGGCCUCCCGAACCACCCAGAACUCAUUCUUCUGUGCGAUUCCUGUGACAGUGGCUACCACACCGCCUGCCUCCGUCCUCCUCUGAUGGUCAUCCCUGAUGGAGAAUGGUUCUGCCCUCCUUGCCAGCAUAAACUACUGUGUGAAAAAUUAGAAGAACAGUUGCAAGAUUUGGACGUUGCUUUAAAGAAGAAAGAGCGUGCUGAGCGAAGGAAAGAACGCUUGGUGUAUGUUGGUAUCAGUAUUGAAAACAUCAUUCCUCCACAAGAGCCAGAUUUUUCUGAAGAUCAAGAAGAAAAGAAAAAAGAUACAAAAAAAUCCAAAGCAAACUUACUAGAAAGGAGAUCAACAAGAACAAGGAAAUGUAUAAGCUACAGGUUUGAUGAGUUCGAUGAAGCGAUUGAUGAAGCUAUAGAAGAUGAUAUCAAGGAGGCUGAUGGAGGGGGGGUUGGCCGAGGAAAAGAUAUCUCCACCAUCACAGGUCACCGUGGGAAAGACAUCUCUACCAUUUUGGAUGAAGAACGAAAGGAGAACAAACGGCCGCAGAGAGCAGCUGCUGCCCGCAGGAAGAAACGCCGGCGACUUAAUGAUCUUGAUAGUGAUAGCAACCUCGAUGAGGAAGAGAGUGAGGACGAGUUCAAGAUCAGUGACGGGUCUCAGGAUGAGUUCGUUGUGUCUGAUGAAAAUCCAGAUGAAAGCGAAGAAGAUCCGCCAUCUAAUGAGGACAGUGACAUGGACUUCUGUGGCCGCAGACUGAGGCGGCAUCCGUCUCGGCCAAUGCGGCAAAGCAGGCGCUUGCGGAGAAAGACCCCAAAGAAAAAGUACUCUGACGAUGACGAAGAGGAGGAGGAGGAGGAGUCCGAGGAGAACAGUAGAGACUCCGAAAGUGAUUUUAGCGAUGACUUUAGUGAUGAUUUUGUAGAAACCCGGCGAAGACGAUCAAGAAGGAACCAGAAAAGACAGAUUAACUACAAAGAAGAUUCGGAAAGUGAUGGUUCCCAGAAAAGUAUACGACGGGGUAAAGAAAUCAGGCGCGUCCACAAGCGCAGGCUCUCCAGCUCAGAGAGUGAAGAGAGCUAUAUGACCAAGAACUCUGAAGAUGAUGAGGUCACAAAAGCGCCUAAGCGAUCUGUUCGGAAACGGGGCCGAAGCACAGAUGAGUACUCAGACGCAGAUGAGGAUGAUGAAGAGGAAGGCAAAGCAUCCCGCAAGCGGCUCCACCGCAUUGAGACGGACGAGGAGAGCUGUGACAAUGCUCGUGGAGAUGCAGAGCUGCCUCCCCAUGACAGCCAGCCCAGGGCCCUGCCCUCAGAGCAGGAGAGCAGCAAGAAGCCCUAUCGGAUAGAGAGUGAUGAGGAAGAGGACUUUGAGAACGUGGGCAAAGUAGGGAGCCCAUUGGACUACAGCCUAGUGGACUUGCCUUCCACCAACGGACAGAGCCCAGGCAAAGCCAUUGAGAACUUGAUGAGCAAGCCAACUGAAAAGUCCCAGACCCCCAAGGACAGCGGCACGGCCAGUGCAAAUCUAGCCCCCAAUGGGACAAGUGGUGGACAGGAGGUGGGGGCCCCAGAGGAGGACGAAGAUGAGCUUUUGCGAGUGACUGACCUUGUUGAUUAUGUCUGUAACAGUGAACAGUUAUAAGACUUCUUUCCAUUUUUGUGCUAAUUUAUUCCACGGUAGCUCUCACACCAGCGGGCCAGUUAGUAAAAGCUGUUUAAUUUUCCUAGAAAACGCUACUACAGAACGACUUUUUACAAGAGAAAUUUCAACAAAUCUUGAAGUCUUUCUGUGAAGUGACCAGUUUUGAACUUUGAAGAUUAAUAAUUGCUGUAAAUUCCUUUUGAUUUUCUUUUUCCAAGUUCAUGGUCCUUGGUAAUUUCAUUCAUGAGAAAAAAAUCUUAUUAUAAUAACAACAAAGAUUUGUAUAUUUUUGACUUUAUAUUUCCUGAGCUCUCCUGACUUUGUGAAAAGUGUGGAUACGAAUGCAUUCCGAAUCUGUGAGGGCCCAAAGCAGAACUUAGGGCGGGAGAAGCACCUGUGCUCUAGCUUUUCAUAUUAAAUAUAUAUUAUAUUUAA